AUGGCAGACCGACGGAGAAUCAGGCUGACGUUUGGUGGUCGUGGUGGUGGCGUUAGCGGCGGGGAGCCGAUUGAGGGUUCUGGUCCUCGUCAUGCAAGAUCAAGACGUUUGAAUGCGUCUGUUAGGAGGGAGUUAGGUGGUGCAGGACCUUCACAUGCACCAUUUCAGCAUGAGCACCAGUAUGGGACUGCUGGUGCUUGGUCGGGGGAGCACCAGUCACAGGGGAGCGCCCCCAUGUAUUCGUCUACUAGAGUGCCUUCAUCAGAUGAGGAUGAGGAUGAAGAUCGAGGAAGUCAAUCUGCUGGAGAUGCACAGUACGACCCUCAGGAUUACCGUACUGUGUAUAGGGGUGACCAUGGGAGAUAUGUUAGCAGUAGUGAACCAGGUCAAGCUUCUACCAGCUCGUCAGAGUCAUGGGUGGUGCAGGAGCCGAUGCCAGGUGGGCUUGAGGAUGGUACCGUUAUUCCGAGUUUUGGGGGUCACGUGUCUGCCUACAUAUGGGGUGGGCAGGAGCGAAACGUGCUGCGGUGUUUGAGCAGGACACAGUUGUGUUCUAAAUUGGGUAACUGGCGCGCUCGUCUUCCGCCGGAGCACCUGGAACCGAUUGAUGGCACUGGUCUAUCUCAUUUACCCGGUAUCAUGUUCCGGCGAUUUGACUGGCCCUUAAUUUCUGCUUUUGUUGAGAGAUGGCAACCAGACACGAACACGUUUCACAUGCCUUUUGGGGAGAUCACGAUCAUGCUGCAUGAUGUGUAUCAUAUUCUAGGGCUUCGUGUCGACGGUUCCAUGGUUUCCACUACUCCUAGCACGGACGUUUUACGGGACGCGUGCUCGGUUACCUUGGAUAUGACUGAGGAAGAGCUGAAUGAGAAGUGCGGUACCAAAACCGUAUGGCAGGGUAGUGGGGUCCUGACUGAGAGGAUAGUGGAGUCGACCUUGGAGGCGCAUAGGCCCUUCAGUUUCCAUUACAGGGCGUACCUGUGGUUAGUACUCGGCCGUUGUUUGUUUUUGGACAAGAGUGGAAACCGUACUCAUUCUUCCUUCCUUAACGAGCUGUUUGUUGAGGAUGUUCAGAUUAGUGAGUACUCCUGGGGUUCUGCUGUGCUAGCAUACAUGUACCGGCAAUUGGGUACAGCAUCACGAAGAGAUGCUGAUUCUAUCGCUGGCUGCCUUACGCUUCUGCAGGCGUGGAUCUACGAGUACUUUCCGUGUUUCCGACCUCAGCAGGGGACCUUGACCAGAGAGCUUUCUAUUCCUCGUGCUUCCGCCUGGGAUGUUGGAUCGGGGUGCCCUAACAAGAGCAUGGAGCGCCUUCUCGCUUUUCGGGCUAGGCUGGAUCAUUUGACUGACAAUGAAGUUAAUUGGCUACCGUACGGAGUUGAUCCAGCACGACGCGUGCCUGCUACUCUUUUCAUUGGCUGCAUCCAGUAUCGUAGCAUCAUUGAGCCAUACAUGCCUGAUCGAGUGGUUCGACAACUUGGAUACGUCCAGGAUGACAUCUGUGAUGUGGACUCGGUUUUUCCCUGGUAUGUCUUUUAG